AUGAGUUCAGAAGGUGAUAACAAUACUUCUAUUCCAGAUUUGGAAGAAUUAUAUAAUCUUAGUGGGACUAUAGUGGAUGAUCCUUCUCUUCUAAAUCAUAACAUUCGAAAGAUUUGCGCGCUUCUCGGAACUCAACACCAUGAAAAGGCUGAUCAAAUGCUUGGAAUGAUGAUACUGCUUCAUUCAACACGAAUGGUUUCAACAUCAUGGACUGUUCUACUUCAAUGUUUACGAGAAUCUUUAGAAAUUCAAGUUCAAUUGUCUCUUAUACGUCAGUUUGCAAAUAUUGUUAAUCGUAUUAUAGUAUCUCAACGAAGUAAUGCUUUUAGAGUCUUUGCUAAAGAAGUUUUAAAUUUACUUGAUUCUUUGGAUUUUGUUGUUACCAACCAUUCAUUCCUUUUAAAUUUUCGUGUAAUACUAGAAUCUCUUGGAAGUUAUGGGGAAAAACAUCUUUCACAAGCUAUUUUAGAUAAAUUAUUACAACAUAUUAUCUACUGUGAACGAACAGAAGUACGUCGAGCAGCUGCACUUUUGGCAGCAGAAUUAAUCGCAAAUACCCCUCAUUGUGGAACUUUUUCAAACAUGUUAGAUACUAUAGAAAUGAAAAGUGAUGUAUUAGGAAGUUGUAUCACCUUGGAUGCAUGUUUACCUCUUUUAAUAGAUCAAGCCAAAAAACUUUCCCUUAAUCCUACUCUAUAUCAAACUGUUUUACAUGCUAAAACCUGUAUAAAUAAAUGGAUGUUAUCUUUAUUGGUAGAAGAUCCAAUUCGUCAUUUAAUUAUACCGGUUAUUGUUUCAUGUUAUGAAAAAGUAAAACUUUUUGACCCUUUAUGGUUAUUGCCUUCAUAUGAUAAAAUUUUUAAAAAGGUAAUUAUGACUUUAUCGCAACAAGAGAUCAAAACUAUUUUAAUAUCUCCUUUACUCAACCUUCUUCAGUUUUUAAAACCACAAGAAGAACAUGAAAUUGAAGUUAUUUGGCAUUUGACAUCUCAUAAAGAUCCUAUGAUUCGGUAUAGUUCUUUAUGUUGUUUAUCAACCAGAGUGCAUAUUAUGAAAUACAAUCUUGCAAAAGAUUUAUUAACUCGUACUAUAAAUCUUCAUGAAAAAUAUAUGACUAUAAAAUGUGGUUAUACAGUCUCUGGAUUACUUGUAUUCAUAACUGCAUUAUCCUUAACUACAUAUCAAAAAGAUUCAAAAAAGUUUUUAAAAGUUUUACGUUCACAUUUUGAUUUAACAAAUCCUCUGAAUUCUAUUCCUUCUGUACAAAUUGAGGUACUUUAUUUAAUUGAAAAGUUACCUGAUUUUUGUAUGAGAUCAUUUUCCUUUGUUUUACAAUCGUUACUAGAAACUGACUCAAGACUUCGUAAAACUGCUUUUACUGUUUUAAUAAAAUGGUGUGAAGAGUUUGUUUUGGAUAGUGUAAUGUUUACUAUACCCUACUUUCGGGGGACUGAUUUUAUAGAAGGAACUUUUUCUACAAGGUUAAAAUUUCAAAAAAAAGAAAAAAGUUGGUUAUAUCAGUCUCAAAAUUUGGUAUUUUUAAUUUUAUACUUGUUAGAAAAGUUACAAUUCGAAAUAGGAAAUUCUUCUAGGGAACGUUAUCAAAUUAUUCAAUCUAUUUGUGAAGGAUUAUUGAAUUUAACUAGUUUAACUAUAUGUAACUAUUCUUUAAGUAAUAGAUUACUUGAAGAAACCUUUUACCGAGCUUUUAUAGCUUUAAAAGAUUUAUUGCUUUCAACAGAGACUUUUCCUUUUGAUAUUUAUAUCUCUGUGAUUUCUACAACUUUUUCCUGUUUAAGGAAAUGUAAAAGUGAGAAUUGUUUUGAUAUAUUUGUACACAAAGAACUCUUUGACUAUAUAUGGAGUGUUAUUUAUUUGUGUUGUAAAGCAAUUGAUCAAGUUUCAGUACCACAUUUACAUGAAGAGCAUUCAAUUUAUCUUAUGAGAAAAGAAUUAUCAGAAGAUUUUAAAAAAAUGAUUCUUUCUUCAGCUUAUUCUAGACUUACUAAUAUACGAAACUAUCGUGAUGCUCAUAUUUUUCAUCUUAUUGAACAAUUAACUGAACUUUUUAUAGAGUUAAUUCAUUUUGGAAAUUGUUCAACGAUUUUUAUUUUUCAAAUGAGUCAAUUAUAUCCAUACAUACUUUCUUGCUUUGAUAUUCUUGUGGCGUCAAAUCCUAUUGUUUCGUUAAAAGUAUGUCGAUCCCUUUUUGAACUUUUAUUUUGUAAUAAUGUAAUAAGUGAUGAAAGUAUACAGUAUGAAACUGAAACAAAGUUUGAUUAUACAGGAUUUCUCUCUUUAACUGUUAAAAUAUUAACAAAAAGUCUUGCUUUUGAUUUGCUCUUUAUUGGUGAUGAACUAUUUAAAUUUAUUAAACUAUUGAUUCAAAGAGAUAAAGUUAUUGCUAAUAAAAAGUACUACCUUGCACUGGAUACAAAUUUUUCACUUGUAAGGCGAAUGUUUUCUAUUGUAACAGAUAAAAACUACUAUAAUGUUGUACGAGGGGUAACUAUAGUUGAACCAAUUUUAGGUAUAUUGGAAUUACUUCUUUCUUCACCAUAUGUUUCCCUUGUUAAGGAAAUAGGAGGAAGAAAUGAAUGUUUAAAAGUAUUGACAAUAAUUGAUGAAACUAGUAAAGAGCUUCAAAGUGAUAAGUUUAAAAAUUGCAGAGAUAUUGUACUACAUAUGUUGGUAUUUUAUAGUGAAAAUGAUAAUGAAGACAUUUUACAAAUGCUUACAAAUUGUAGUAACUUAUUUAAACAAAAAUGGGAAAAUAGUGAGGAUUUUCUGUCUGAGUUUUAUAAAUUUUGUGAAUAUAUUCUUCUUUGUGAUUCCAUAGAUUCUAUCUUGGAUUUACUUCUACAACAAGAAGAGUCAAUUGCUUCAGCUAUUUGUCUAUGUAUUUUAGAUCCAUUUUAUAUUUAUCGUUUAGUUGAAUUUAUUCUAAAAACAGAAUGUGAAACAUUUAUAUUAGAACUUGUUUUGGUUAUUAUUUCAAAUAUUGAAGAUGAUGUAAAUGUGAAAGAUGCUCACUUAGUAGUUAAUGAGAGUAUUCUCGGUUUAAAUGAUGAUCUUAUUGCACAUAUUGUAGAUGCCUUUCGUUGGGGAUGGGUAGAAUGUGAAGAAUCACUCAUAGUAGUACAAAUUAUCACAGACACACGGUAUAAUUUUUCACUUCGUAGAGCAUUUUAUGAUGCUGCAAAAAGGACUUUUUUACACUUUCCUUCAUACUUCAUGGAAAAUUCAGACUUUUUAUAUGUGGCCUUAUCUUCUUUUCCCCAAGUAAUUCCAACAAGAUUUACAGAGGAAAUCCAGAAGAUUCCUUUCUUAAGACUAUUUUGUGAAACUAUAGGUUUUCGUAAUAUGAAUUUAUUGAAUUUUAAUUUAGAAAGAGAGUCUAUAGAUAUUUCAAGUAAAACAAAAAAAGAGGAAUUCUUUACCUUAAUUUCCGGGUUACCUUUUUUUACAUCUGGUCUUUCAGAAUCACCGACAUUAUUUUUAAAAUUUCUAGGUACGAAAUCUGUUACUAUAAGAGAAUUACUUGAAUGUAUCCACCCAAAGCAUGUAGAAAGUCUUAUAUCUACUAUGGGAGAAUAUGGUUUGCUUAAUUUAUUGGAAUUUGUUGACAUAAUUGAAUUAACGAAACUAUGCAUAAGAGGUAAUUUAACAUCAUUACAUUUUAACUCUGUAACUAUUUACUCUUUGUUAAAAAGAAUUCUUGAGAUAUUAUCAAUAGAAUCGGAAAAUAUGGAAUUAGAUGUAUAUCUUAGAUAUUCUUCUAUGUUUUUACUAGUUCUUGUAGCCCCUGACAAGGAUCAUGGAUGGGAUAAAAUUCUAAAUAAUGAAGACUUAACAGACGAAUUCAUUCCUUUUAAAAUGUUACUCUUGUCUAUUAUAAAUAAAUGUUUAGAAUUAUCUUUAAUAGAUAUAAAAUCAAUCGUAAGGUAUGUUGUAUCUAUUUUUAUUCAUUCAUCAUCUAAUAUAAAUCACGGAAUUUUUGAAUCUAUACUUUGGUUAGUAGUAAAAUGCUGUAUAUAUUCUGUGUGGGAAGUAAUUAUAGGAGAAGAGAUAUGUCAAACAUAUGAUUUGUCAUGUCUUAAAUUUCUCUGCAAAUUAAAUCAAACUGUUGGAUUUCCAUCUCAACUUAUGGAAGAGAUGCAUGCCCGAUAUACACCACAACUUUUAUCUUUUGGUAAUUCUCGUCAACUUGAUGGAGAUGAACAACGUUUCAUAUUUUGGAUUAUAACAAGUUUAUUAUUACAUACAAUUAUAUCAGAAGAACGUCAUUCAAAACCUAAGACACAUAUGAGUUUAACAGAUAUAUUAUAUCAAUAUGAUGAUUUUCCUUUAGAAUUAAUGUCUUCUGAAUCAACUUCAAGAAUAAAAUUUAUUUUUAAUGAUUCCUUAUUUUCAACUUAUGCACAGAUUCCGAUUCUCUCAAGUCAACGACAUUGGAAUAUUCAUACUAUUGGAUAUCUUCUUCCAUUAUGUGGACGUUAUACACCUUUAAAAGAAGUAAGUAAAAAAAUUUCUGCAUCACUUAUUCAUUUAUACCUUCACGUAAUUUCAUCUGUUAUUACUGAAGCAUUAAAGUUUCCUACUUAUUGUAUAUCAGAUGUCUUUUUUUCUUUAAUGACUCUUUCGGCAGGAAAUAUUUAUCUCUUGAGACAUUCUCAAGCAUAUGAAGGUACAGUUGCGUCAAAUAUUCUUUCAAUCCUUUUUGUAUGGUAUCGUGAUUAUGCAGCUUCUUUUAUUGAUAACGCUUAUAUUCAAUGUAAUGUUCUUCGUUUUCAUGUGGGUUUACUUCCUUAUUUUGGUAUGUCACCGUUACUAUUUGAUGUAUUAGAUACAGUUGCAUGUACAACAAUUAUGUUGAGUUUAUUUACAACAGGAGAUGAAAAAAUAAAUGGGUAUAUGGAUCCUAUAUCAAUUCUUUCAAAAAUAAUUAAAAUGGAUAUAUUUUCUUAUAUGGGUGCUCUUACAGCUAUGAUUAUAAUGUCUGGCGCAUCUACGCAUAAAGAAGUUGAACCAGUAGCUUUUUUACUAUCACGUCGUUUUUUUGAUGAUUUAGAAUCAACUUCUUGGGGUUGUUUAUCAUUUAACUUUGGAAUUUUACAAAUGAUACGUAGUGCAUGUAGCAUUCUUUCUCUUCUUCCAGAUGAUCAUCUUUCUAUAAAAAUAUGUGAAGCUCUUUGGAAUGGAGUUCUCAGUAAAACGUAUGGACGUAGAAUUCAACACUAUACAUACUAUACACUACAAUGUAUUGGUCACGUAACAACUGUAGGUCAAACACAAUGGCGUACAUUACGAGCUCUCUUAAGUGGUAAACCAAAUUACAAGGAACAAGAUAAACCAACUUUAAUUCUUGGAGUAGAAUUAAAAAAUAAUGUUAUGGAAGAUUUAAAAGGUUUAAAUACCUUUAUAGCUCCCAUACGAGAAGUACCACUUUUAUUUCAAUUUUCACCUUACGCUUUGCAACUUCAAAAAGAAAGAAAUAAACUUUUUAUUAUUGAAACUUCAGCUUCAUUAAUUUUACGAAGUGCUUACAGUGAUAUUCAGAGAGAAGAAUUGGAUUACAAUAGUAUUCAGGUGAUGACUUAUUUGAAUACUAUUCAUGAUACUCCAUCUUAUACUAAUGGAAUUGCCUUAAUUAUUGUUAGUGAACUUUUAUCUAAAAUAUUUGAACAAGAAGAUGCACUAUUUCUUGCAUUAAAUAAAUUUGAUUUUACUAUUUCUUCUAAACGUCUUCUUUUGUAUGAGUUUCAUAAAAUGUCUGAGAGAGUUAUAAAGGAAAAUAAACAAGAAGAAUCUCGUUGGGAUGUCAUUGCAGAUGCAACACGGCUUUUAUUUGAGGCUUCACUGGGAAAAGAAUGUAUAGAAUUGUCUUCGUGGUGGUGGUUGAUUUGUGUUAUGCUAAACAGCUUUCUUGGUAUAAAAGAACCUGAAUUUUCUCGCCUAAUUACAAUAAUCCUGACACAACCUCUUAGUAUUUUCACUGAAAAAACCUUAGCAAUAAAUAUAACUUCUUAUCUUUUAGAAAUAAUGGACUGUAAGUCAAGGCUAAGAUUUUUUUUUAGAGAAUUAAAAGAACUUUGUGUUGAUCGAUCUUCAAAAAAACUUUUGACCAAUUCUGUAACAGACAUUAUCACUACCUUGCUGCAAAGUAUCCCUCCGUGA